UUUGUAUACGAGAAAUAUAAAGCAGUACUUUGGAUAAGUCGACUUGUCAUCAUCUUAAAUAAAGAUCUAGAUUCUAGUGUCCAAUGAGGCAACAUGAUUUGGCUUUUGGCAGUGCUAGGUCUAAUAAAUAAUACAUUAGCAAUGAAUGAAAAAAAAGACUUUUGGCUGCAAGAUGGGAAAGAUGGGAUACAAUCUAUCUGGCAGACUAAACCGAAUUUCAAAAAAGCACACAACCUUAUUCUGAUGAUUGGUGAUGGUAUGGGGCUGUCCACCAUCACUGCUGGUAGAAUUUAUCAAGGUCAAAAGAAGGGCAAGAGUGGAGAAGAGAACAAACUGACAUUUGAACAAUUUCCUUACCUGGCACUUUCUAAGACUUACAAUGUAGACCGUCAGGUUCCAGAUAGUGCUGGCACAGCUGUUGCUAUGAUGACUGGAGUCAAAGUCAACAUGGCUACUCUGGGAGUCGGUAUUGAUGUUCCUUUUGCUAGCGAAUGUAAGAGCGUCACAGAUAAGAGUAAACUGAAGGGUGCCCUGCACUACGCACUAGAAGAAGGUAAGUCAGUUGGUAUAGUGACCACCACCAGAGUAACUCACGCCACCCCAGCCGCAGCUUUCGCGCAUAUACCCCAUAGGGACUGGGAAUGUGUAACACCUAGAGGGAAUGGCAACUGUGAGCUUGUCAAGGAUAUCGCCUUUCAGCUUAUCAUGGAUUAUCCUAAUAUUAAUGUAAUUCUUGGUGGUGGACGACAGUAUUUCACAAAUUCUUCAACAGCUGAUCCCGUCAUGAGCUCAAUGCCUGGAUUAAGAAACGAUGGAUUGGAUUUAAUCAAAGCCUGGAAGACUGAAAAGAUGGAACGAAAGGUCCAGCACGACUAUGUAUAUACCAGACAACAGCUCAAUGCACUGGACGCUUCGUCAAUUGACUAUUUGCUAGGUUUGUUUGCACCCAGUCACAUGACUUACGAAGCAGACAGACUGCCAUCUAGUGUUGAGCCAACUCUAACAGAAAUGACAGAAAAGGCUAUUCAAAUCCUCAAGAAAAACCCUAAAGGAUAUUUUUUACUUAUUGAAGGUGGGAAGAUCGACCACGGGCAUCAUGAAAACGGAGCGAAGAAAGCUUUGGAAGAGCUUCUAGAAUUUGACAAUGCUGUUGCCAAAGUAACGGAGAUGACAUCAGAGGAUGACACGUUGACAAUUGUCACUGCAGACCACUCCCAUGUCUUUGCGAUCUCCGGCUACCCUACAAGAGGAAACAACAUUUUAGGUUUGGUAGAUAAUAUGGAUGCUAUCGAAAGUCCACUGGAUAACAUGCCUUUCUUAACAUUGGGUUAUUUGAACGGUCCAUUCACGAAUAGAACUAACUUAACUGGUGUUGACACAACUGCUAGCAGUUUUCAUCAACCUGGCUGUAUCAAAAUGAAUCUGGAGACACACGCAGGAGAAGAUGUUGUCAUUUAUGCCAGAGGUCCAAUGGCUCACCUUUUCCAAGGCACUAGAGAACAGUCUUAUAUAGGUCAUGUUAUGAUGUACUCUGCCUGUCUUGGUGUCUACAAAGACAACUGCGACAUGCCCAAGAGAAAUAUGAUGCUUGAGCCCAUGUCAAUGCACUGCAGUGCUGUCAUCCCCAGAUCAACACUUUGGACUUUGUUGGGUCUUGUUGUUGUUGUUGUUGUCAACCAACUUUCUGAAAGUACAAGGAAUGUUUAGCCCCUCAGUGUUUGGAUCUUUAGUUCAAGUUUUUCUUUUCGUUCAUUUUGUGGAACAAAUUAUUAAUUCGGCUAUUUUGUUUGAGAUGUGGACUGUUAGUCUGUUACCACUAGGAUUUGAACUCUCCUUCAGUCCUUAAACACACAGGGCAAACAGCGAACUCCUAUUAGGUCAUACCGCCAGGAGGACCCAUGACAUACUAUUAUAAGGUAAUAAACUUCUGCAUAAGUCUAUGUUACUCAUAGAUUGACUUAGGGUUAUACGUAGACAAAAGGAUUGUCUUUUUAAACUUUAUAACUCGGUUUUGUUGGCUGCAUCGUUACAAAGUUAAUGUAUGAUCAUUUGUUAUUUAGGAACCUUUAUCUUAGUUUCGUAUUUGACAAAAACGUGCAAGUAUUUCUUUGUUCAUUUCAUACAAUUGUUUCGUUACUAGUAGGCC